AUGCGAAUCCUCGACUCGCUGUCCAGCCAGAAGUCGCAGGAAGACGCACUGACGCUGCUCAGUAGUGAGACCACCCGAAAGAAGAGCGGCUACAAUGCCGACUCGAGAACCAUGAUGAGGUCAGUGAAGCAGAGCAUCAUCCGCCUGUCAGGGGCCUCCGUGCAGGCCGUUCCAGACUGGUUCCUCCCCGAGUACGAGGUCCAGAGAGAGGAGCAGCACUUCGCACUUGGCUCCUUUGGCAAGGUCUACCACGGAACUUGGUACGGCCAGAAGGUGGUGGUCAAGUGCGUCAACGCCGUGAUUGGGGACGAGAUGCGCGCGUUCAAGCGCGAGGCUCGACUCUGGUUUCGAGCGCAGCACCCGAACGUCGUGAGGCUGUUCGGCGCGUUCCACGUGAGCCAGCCGUGCUUCUUCGUGUGCGAAGAGGCCACGAACGGCAUCCUCGUGGACUUCCUGCAAAAGAACAAGCACGACAAUCAGGCUUUAGUGUGGCGAUUGUUGCACGGCGCAGCCUUGGGGCUGCAGUUUCUCCACGAGAAGAAGAUCGUGCACGGAGACCUCAAGUGCAACCAGAUCCUCGUGACGGAGGAGAAGACGGCCAAGCUGACGGAUUUCGGGUUCAGCUUCGCCUUGAUGGAGUCCAAGCCGACGACGUCAACAGGUGCUGUGCGGUGGAAGGCGCCAGAAUUACUGCGAAGCGAGAGCUGUUCUCUGACGUUUGAAUCGGACGUGUACUCGUUCGGCAUGUGCGUUGUGGAGGCUGUGAGUGGAAAUGUGCCAUGGGGGACGCAUCUGCCGAAUGACUCGGUGAUUUACAACUUGACCCAUGGCAUUUUCAUGUCCCGACCGAAAGCGUUUGUGAGCGACGAAAACUGGGACUUUGUGCGUGCUCUGUGUGCAUUCGAGCCGUCUGAAAGACCGGAGUUGCCACUUGCUAUCCAGAAGCUGGAACAGUUCGCAGAUGCCGAAGCAAACAUGAAUCCAUAA